CAUUAACAAAGCCCAUCCAACAAACAAACCUUGAGUCGCUUGGCUGACAGAGAAGAGACACAAACCGAGGUAAACAAAGCAUCUCUCUGCCGCCCUGUUCUUGUUUCUUGUUCAUCUUCCUACACUUCUGUUCUUCAGAAGUCCUGCAAACUCCAUCACUUGUUUUGCACUUCGAUUCUGUUCUUUGCCUCAUAGGUCUUAAGCGAUAUCGUUUUUUUUUAAAAAAAAGUCCAUCCCAUCUUUAUAUGCUUGUUCUUGACCCUUGACUGCUUGUGCGAUUUCUUCCUUGCGAUUUCUGCUCCACUGCAUAACUCACAAGAACAUGAGAGAUUGAUAUGAGUUUGCAUCAGUUUAUUUUUUCAAACAAAAUCCAUAUUGUUAGGCAGUGGUAACAGCAACGGAGCACCUUGUUCUCUCUGAUCGGAGACUUUCGCGAUCCCAAUUAAUUAUGAGAGGUUGCGUGCCAUGGCUUGCAUGUAAGCGUCUGUAGCUUUGCCUGUGGCCGGCCAAGCAUGGCCACCGUGGGGCAGCCUGGCGCCCUGAGAAGGAUCACCGUGCACUACGCCAACUCGCCCACGCGCAGCACGGGAGAUGCGGACCUUGACGAGCUAGAAGAAGACCUGCUCCAGUCUGUGUUCGCUGAUCUUCUUCCUUGUCAGGAGGGUUUGCACCAAUCCAUCUUGGAAGAAGCAUCCAGCAACCAAAACCACAUGAGAGGUGCCCCAUCUGAUAAUUCACAGUCACAGCACUACCAUGGGGAGAGCAGCACUGCUGCAGCAGCAUCAGCGACUGCCUCCGGAACUUCAGGAACGGAAGAACAGAUCGCCUCGGACUUUGAGUACGCCAAGCUACUGCAGGAGAUGGAGGACCUGAGCAUCGAAGAUGACGAUAUCAGUUGCGUACCCUCUCCAUCAGACUCUGACGAUGACCAUGACCAUGACCAUAACGACGAAGAGGCUGACAGGCAGGAUGGUAAUGAUGAUGAUCCAGACAACAUGACUUACGAGCAAAGGCAAGCACUCGUGGAAGCUGUGGGGACUGAGGACAGAGGUUUACCUGAUGAGCUCAUCUCCUAUCUGCACACAUGGAAGUACAAGGCUUCAGGGUUUUUCUCCAGGAAGACAACCAAUGAAGACUGUCCUAUCUGCCUGUCUACUUUCAGACACCGAGAAAGUAUGAUUACAUUGCCGUGCAAGCAUUACUACCACGCAGCUUGUGUCACCAAAUGGCUCAAGGUCAAUAAGACCUGCCCUGUCUGCAAAUAUGAACCGUUUGGACCUUGCUAGCAUGUGGCCACGAAGCAGAUAGACGAUGACGUCACACCCAGCUUGUUGCAACAGCUAUUCAGCUACCUUUUUAGUGCCAGUAAACUGAAAAUGAAAAAAAAAGUUAAUCCAAAAGGAAAAAAACAAAAAAUAGCAAAUAUAGAUGCUUGAUCACUCGAGGAAAAGACCCCAAAAAAAAUUGAUCCCGAUUUCUGACAGUAUUUUUCUUUUACAUUUGGAUUUUUGGCUUGUGGAAAUGUACUUAAGAAUCACAAUCUUAUAUAUGUGAGAAGACUGUUUUUCUUUCUUUGCCA